GACACAUUGAAAGCUUCGGGUCGCAGCGGUGGAUUUUACUAGCGAGUUAAAGUCCAGGUCGAGUGCGUGAAACGAUGCUGAUGAAGUUGCAAAGUAAUGAGCGAGGAUGCUGAAGCAGCCGGGAAGCCCGCUUUGUUCGCAGGAGCGCAAGGCUUUUGUGCCGCUGUCAUCCCGCAGCUCAUCCCCUGCUGCUUUGUCUUCACUUGGCCCUCGGAUACCGACCGUGACCAACAGUGUGGUUUGUCAGUACUGGACUGCGACCACCAGCAGCAGCAGGUCAGCGCCAUGAGUCUGUACGGGACUGGCGCCAGUGGCGGUGCCGUUGGAGGGGCGAGAGAGAGAGGAGGAGCAGAACAUUACCGGGAGCAACGGCGGCGCUCCAGCGACCGUUCACGUGACUCCUCCCAUGAGAGAGGGGAGAGUCAGCUGACGCCCUGCAUCAGGAAUGUCACUUCUCCUACUCGGCAGCAUGACCGUGAACGUGGCGAUGGAGGCUCGUCCUCCAGAUCCUCCAGUCCACGUCCUCCCAGGGUUUCCCUUCCUUAUUCCCAGGUUGGAGGGGCCCUGAUUGGAGGACACAUACCUCGGUCGUUUGGUCCUCCUGGAGCAGACCACCACUCCAAGACACUGGGCCAAGGACUGUGCGACAUGAUCUACGUGUAUGACCUCAGCAGUAAAGAGGGGCAUCGCAGUGGACUGAGACUGGGAGAAAGAGUAACACUCAUUGUGGACAAUACAAGAUUUGUGGUGGAUCCCACCAUCUUUACGGCUCAACCUAACACCAUGCUGGGCAGGAUGUUUGGUUCUGGGCGGGACAACAACUUCACACGGCCCAAUGAAAAGGGAGAGUUUGAGGUGGCCGAUGGCAUCAGCUCCACUGUCUUCAGAGCCAUUCUGGAUUACUACAAGUCGGGGAUAAUCCGCUGCCCUGACGGCGUUUCCAUUCCCGAGCUGAGGGAGGCAUGUGACUACCUCUGUAUCUCCUUCAACUACAGCACCAUCAAGUGCAGAGACCUCAGCGCCCUGAUGCACGAGCUGUCUAACGACGGGGCCCGGCGUCAGUUUGAGUGUUACCUGGAGGAGAUGGUGCUGCCGCUGAUGGUGGCCAGCGCUCAGAGCGGAGAGAGGGAGUGUCAUGUGGUGGUGCUGACUGAUGACGACGUGGUGGACUGGGACGAAGAGUACCCUCCACAGAUGGGAGAAGAGUACUCGCAGAUCAUCUACAGCACCAAACUGUACCGCUUCUUCAAGUACAUAGAGAACAGAGACGUGGCAAAGUCAGUGCUGAAGGACAGGGGACUGAAAAAGAUCCGACUGGGAAUAGAAGGCUACCCAACCUAUAAAGAGAAGGUGAAGCGGCGUCCUGGAGGUCGCCCGGAGGUCAUUUACAACUAUGUCCAGCGUCCCUUCAUCCGCAUGUCCUGGGAGAAGGAGGAAGGGAAGAGCCGCCACGUGGACUUCCAGUGCGUCAAGUCCAAGUCCAUAACCAACCUAGCUGCGGCCGCCGCAGACAUUCCCCAGGACCAGCUGGUGGUCAUGCAGCCUCCGGGGCCGCAGGUGGACGAGCUGGACACUCUGCCGCAGCCGCCGGGCGUCAACGACCCCUACCAGGCACCGCUCGGGCAGGGGCCGGAGAACAACGCGGGCCCUCAGCUGGCGCAGGGCUACGAGGGCCCGCACCAGCAGGCUCAGGACUGUACGGGCCAGGCCCCGCACAGCCUGGCCCUCAGCAACCAUCAGCAGCAGCAGCAGCACGGCAGCAGCCACACUCAGGCCACUUACCACUACGAGCCGGACCCAGACACACCGUCACCCUCUGCGUGAGACUGGCUGCACCCUGAAUCCCCCCCCCCCACUGCUGCGUUCACACUGACUGCAGCAAGUGCUUUAUUCUGACAUCAGUUCGGAGCCCGGAAACUAAAAGACAAACAGCUUUCACAUAGUGGUUCUCCGAGCAUCGAUUGUAAAACCAACACACUGACACUGGGAGGGACGCCAAGAAAGCACAGAAACCUCAUUGGCCUUCAACAGCCAGUAAGCACACACAGUUUAACCUCUCUGCAACGAUUAAAGCACUUCUGGCCACUUGUUGCUUUCAGUGUGAACGCAGACUUUGCCCCACCCCCACUGCCCCACAGUCCCACAGUCCCCCUCACCUCCUCCUCCUGAGUGGCAAAACACCACUUUGCCUUCUGUUGCACGUCUGCUGCAGCCUCUCUGUCGACGCAGCGUCCGAAUGAGCGAGAACCGAUCAGCAGCGAAGGAAGGAUGACGCACAUCAGCAGGCCUCCUCACACACUUUUCACGUUUGUUUAUUUACCUGACCAAAGGAGAGUUUUAGUUGCACUCUGUGUGCAUGUGAAAAGACAGAGUGCUGUAUUACAUUAUAAUGAAGUGUGUGUGUUGCUGCUGGGAUACUGUACCUCACUGGGAAAGUGGAUUUCAGUGCCUCUUCAUAGUCUUUAUUUGGAUGCUAGUUAGCAGUGAAGAUUCACUUUUUCCAGCGCAUGUGAAGGCCUUUGAUUGAAAGGGUUUUUGUUUUACACAACAUAUAUACAUUUUUUGUUUUUUUUUAAGAAAAUGUUCCACCCCCUUUGCUCUUUCAACCAGUUGAUUUGGUUCCUAGUUUACAUUAAGUCCUUGUUUUCACUUGUUUGCAUCCUGGCUGAGCUGCUCUGCACAGGUUCAUCAGCACUGCUGUGAGCACAGGAUGUGAGAAGAGAUGUUGAACACAAUGUUUUCUAAUAAAUGGUAUUCACAACA